AUGGCAACAAAGAAAGCAAGGGGUACUUCUGCACAAGCCAAAGGAAAAGAAGCCGAAGAGCUUAUUCUCGAUUAUAUGAAACAACAGUAUAGGCCAUACUCCGUAGCAGAUAUCGUUUUGAACUUGAACGGCCAGAUUAACAAAGCUAAUGCAAUUAAGGCAUUGGAGAACUUGAGUUCUAGAGGUGAGUUAGUCUGUAAAGUUUACGGCAAGCUGACUUACUACGUAUAUAAGGAAAUUAGUUGUGAGGAGGAUGAAAACACCCACUUCGAUAUAACUGAAAGAGUCAAAACGAUAGAGCAGAAGAACAAAGACAUGGAGAGUUUAUUAGCUAGCUUGGAAAAUGAAUAUAAACAGAUCCUUGAAACACCCAAUGAUGAGAUGCUUGUAUUACAAGUAUCUCAAUUGGAGCUGGAAGUACAGGCACUUCAAGAGAGGGAGUCAGCUUUCAAAGGAGCCGAAAAUGAAGGUGUUAAUGAAGAUACUCUAAAUAAAUACAAUGACUAUUCUGCUGCUUUAAUGAAAGAAUAUACCUCAAGGAAGAGAAUGUUUCAGAAUUUUGUUGAAGUUGUUAAAGAAGGGGCAGAUGAUUUUGAAAAGUUCAUGAAGAAGAUUGACCAUUUGAUUCUCAACUACUUUAUUGAAGAGGGUCACCAAGAGGCUGCGCUAAGUUUUGCCAAAGAAACCAAGAUAGAUUUGAGCAAUCAUCGAAAGCAACAACCGAAACAGAAUCAAACCAACCAGUUCAUUAAAAAUUUAAGCAAUGACUCUACAAAUAGCGCUGAUCGGUUUGCGGACUUAGUUGAGGACUACCUCCACCAAGCAGAAAAUACGAAUGGCGAAGCAUCAUCGACUGCAGCACCCAAUUUGUACGAUAAUGAUGGAAACAACUCUCGUGAAGUGAACUCCAAGAUUGUUGCUGGUUAUUCCACCAUUAAUAAAAGAAGAGAGAUAAAAUAUUUGAUUUUGAAAGGUCAAAUAACGGAUGCGAUUCAAAAACUUAGUGAAUAUUUCCCAACUAUAUUAGAUGCAAAUAAUUUACUACAUUUCAAAUUAUUAAGAUUAAAUUUGAUUGAAAUGAUCCGUAAUCAUAAACUCAAAGCUAAGAAUGACCAAGAAAGUGAAAAAAAGUUUUUGAAUGAUAUUUUAACUUUUGUUAGAGAGAAUUUGGUUAACAAGGUGACUAAUUCAUCUAAAUUGUUAAAAGAAUUAGAAAUCACCAUGAGUUUAUUGUGUUUUAAUUUUGACCCUAGCGUUAAAAACAUAGAAGAUCAAAAGGAUUUGCCCGAUGAGUUAAGGUCAUUAUUCAAUUUGUCCUUAAGAAAUCAAUGUUAUAAAGUGGUGAAUCAAGCCAUUUUAAAUUUGGAUCAUAAUAAUAUCAAAGGUUCAAGAGCAAUUAGAUUUAGUAAUGAAGCCAAUGACGAUAAUGAAGUUCAAGAUGAAAAUUUUACUGGUCCCAAAUAUUUAGAAUUUGAUUUCAAUGAUUUGGAUGAGAGAAGUUUAAUAAAACAUGAAUCCAAUGAUGAUUCUUUCGAGUUUGAAUCGAAACCAGUUGGCAAAACAACCAAUCCGGAUGAUGAUGUCAAUAUGUUGGGAGAAAAUGGAGAAAAAGGUGAAGAAGAACAGGAAGAAGAAGAAAUCAAUUACGACUAUAAUUUGAGUUAUGACAAAAAUGUUCUAUCUGUUGAAAAUAAUGUUCAAUCGCAGGAUAACCUCAUUCAGGAUGAAGAAUUUGAAGAUGAAUCACAGAACGCGUCAUUAGAAUCUAAACUAGAAAGAAUUAUUAAGUUAUGGGUUAUAACCGAAAGAAAUAUUAUUGAUGCUAGAGAUAAGAAGAAAAACGAUUGAGAUAAACCUGGAGUUUAUAUUUGAUUCAUAUUAUCAAUUUUAC